ACUCCGUUGGGCAGCUUCUUAGAUGCUAUGGAGAGGGUUUUGAAGGUUAUUAAGAUGUGACAUGAUGGAUGUGGGAUGGUUUAGUAUGGCCUUCUAUGUGUAUAUUAGCAUUGAGAGUGCAUGGGAUAGAAAAAUGUUGCAGUCCACUCUGGAGGUGACGAAGGGCUUUUGAAUCUCCGCACGCACUGCCCUUGUUGUUGCCUCCGUCUCUUCACGCCAUUCCUUUCUUUCUUCAGUCUUUAAUGUCAACGUUCAUGGAUCUUUGCACACCAGAGGACAUUUCUCCUCCAGCAACGCCACCAAAUACCUACUUUGCUCGUCCAGCGCAACGUCUCCGCUCUUCGUACAUUGACCCUUCCUUUGGUGAUAAUCCAACCCAGUUGGCCACCGUGCUUGAUGACCAGCAAUUGGACUACAUUCGAAAAGUCAAGACCAUCUUUCAGCAGUUGACACCUGAACAAAAGCAAUUUUUUCUUUAUGAAAUCAUCAACUGCUGUGAUAGUCAACAACUGACAUUUGUCAGUGACAUUAUUGCUCCCAAACUCAAGAUUGACUUCCUCAAGGAGCUCCCAAUAGAAAUAUCCCUACAUAUUCUCUCCUUCAUAGACGAUCCCAGGACCCUAGGAAGAGCCGCUAGUGUUUCUACCUUCUGGAAUUCCUUACUGAAAGACGAAACUACCUGGAAAACACUUUGUCUUAAACAUCAAUAUCGCCGUAGAAACUCCUCGAUCAGUGGGGUUGCACUUUUGGGUCCACCUGUUCGCCGGCUAAACUUCUCGUACAGAGAAUACUUCAAACGAAAAUACAAUAUAGAAGCAGCCUGGGCUCAAGGUGGUAAAGUCAAGACUUGUUUUGAUAGUCUGGACUCCGGCUUAGUCACCAGUUUGCAAUUUGAUGACGAGGUGAUCGUUGUUGGCUGCGAUAACCACAAGAUCGAGGUAUUCAAUACCACCACUGGAAAGAACAUCAGUACAUUAGAAGGCCAUGAAGGUGGUGUUUGGGCACUACAAUUUAAAGGCGGUGAAAAGCAUGAUCCUGAGCGCUUGUUAGUGUCAGGUGGCUGUGACAGGGACGUACGUGUAUGGGACCUCAACAAAGGCACUCUAAAGCAUGUAUUACGCGGCCAUACUUCCACUGUUCGCUGCCUCAAAAUGCGUGACAAACGGAUUGCUGUCACCGGCUCUCGAGAUACCACUUUAAGAGUCUGGGAUUUACAACGAGGAACCAUGCGCCAUGUCCUCCUUGGCCAUCAAGCCAGCGUUCGAUGCCUGGAUGUUCAUGAAAACUUGGUCGUAUCUGGAUCAUACGAUAGCACUGCACGAGUUUGGGAUAUCAAUACUGGUCGGUGUCUACAUGUCCUUACCGGCCACUACUCCCAAAUUUAUGCCAUUGCAUUUGACGGAUCAAGAGUCAUCACUGGUUCACUGGAUUCAAAUAUCCGAGUAUGGAGUGCGGAGACUGGCCAAUGCCUAGCUACCUUACAUGGACAUACAUCUCUGGUCGGACAACUUCAACUGAGUGGCUCUACACUCGUUAGUGGUGGUUCGGAUGGUUGUCUAAGAGUCUGGGAUUUGGAUAACUACGAAUGCGUUCACCAAAUAUCAGCUCAUGACAACUCGGUUACCUGCCUACAAUUUGACGAUAAGCGAAUGAUGAGUGGUGGUAACGAUGGUCGAGUGAAACUUUGGGAUGUUAAAACCGGCCGACUGAUUCGAUACUUUACCCAACCGGCAAAAACCAUUUGGAAAUUACAAUUUACAGAUACACGGGCUGUGGUUGUCAUGCAGCGACGAAGAAAUAGUAACCCAGAAGAAGGUCGCACCGCCAUGGAGAUACACGAUUUCGAUAUCGGUGAUGUUCCCGAACUCAACCCAAGUAUUAACUGCAUAGAAACAUUUUCAUUCUUACUAUUUCCUUUCUCCUCCUCAACCCAUUGUAUGAACGUGUCCAUGUUCCAUAGCGUAGGCCACCUGUCGUCGGGUUUGUAGACAAAAUACAUCUACUUGUACAUGAUACUACAAUUCACAUUGUUAUGACUUUUUGCAUGGCUUGGCUCGGUGCGAGCGAAAUCAACUCCAAAA